AAUAGUCAACCGACGCUUUUGUUAAAUAAUCUAAAUUUUUGGAGGCAACUAUUUGUAAGGCUUCGAACACUCCACAUACACCCACUGUCCUUUUAUCUUCUCCUUCUUCUUCCCUUCUCCUUUCUCCUCUCUUUUCUCUUCUUUUUUUCUCUCUCCUCUUUUUUUUCCUAUCCCCACCUAAAAAAGUCCCUUUUUAUUCAUUUCUCUCCCUUUUUUUUUUCUUUUCCAUUUCAUAUAAAUUUAUAGGUCUUUUUAUCUCAUCAUUCCAUUAAAAAAUGAGAACUCCAACUUCUGAUUUUCAUUUUUCAAACCAUCAUGCACAAAAUUGACACUCUUUCUCCUUUUUAGGGUUCUUCUUCUUUUCCUUUUUUUUUUGUUGGGUUUUUUUUUUUUUUUUUUAAAUUAUAAAUAAGAGUUAGAGAGAGAGUUUGAGAAAGAUAGGCUAAGCUAAAAACUGCCCUUCUUUCUCCUUCUUUCUCUCUCUUUUAUUGAGAGGAAUUGUAGACAAUCUGGGUUCAUUUUCUCUUACCCUAUUGUCUUCUCUCUCCUCUCUUUCUCUCUAUUUCAUCAUUUUUCUUCAUAAUUUAUUUUAUUAAACUACUUACACUCAAAUUUAUUCAACUAUAAGAAGAAAAAAAAAGUGGGAUAUUUUCAUUUUUGAUGAAUUUUGGAGGAUUUCUUGAUAGUAGCGGUGUUGGAGCUGACGGUGGUGGGAGCGGGAGCGGAGGUGGCAGUGCAAGGUUAUCAUCAGACAUUCAAUAUCACAACAACAGCAACAACAACAACAACACUAUGCCUCCGGGUGCCAUUACUCAUCAGCAACAGCAACAACACCAGCAACAACAACAACAACAACAACAUUUAGUGGGUCCCAACUCCAUUAACAAGUCCUUCUUCAACACCCCUGGCCUCUCCCUUGCUCUUCAAACGGGGAUGGAGGGGCAUGGAGAGGUAACAGCAAGAGUAACAGGAGAUCAAAAUUAUGAUGGAAAUGGUAACAAUAAUGGUGCUGGAGUUAGUAGUAUUGGAGUAAGGCGAAGUCGAGAAGACGAACACGAGAGUAGAUCUGGUAGUGAUAAUUUGGAUGGUGCUUCUGGUGAUGAACAAGAUAUUGCUGACCUUCCUCCCCGGAAGAAGCGUUACCACCGACACACCCCUCAGCAAAUCCAAGAACUCGAAGCUGUGUUCAAGGAGUGCCCUCAUCCUGAUGAGAAGCAACGAUUGGAGCUUAGCAAGAAGCUUUGCCUUGAGACUAGACAAGUCAAGUUUUGGUUCCAAAAUCGCCGUACUCAAAUGAAAACUCAAUUGGAGAGACAUGAGAAUUCAAUCUUAAGACAAGAGAAUGAUAAGCUGAGAGCAGAAAACAUGUCAAUAAGAGAAGCGAUGAGGAACCCAAUGUGUACAAAUUGUGGUGGUCCGGCAAUGAUAGGUGAUAUCUCAAUGGAAGAACAGCAUCUUCGGAUUGAAAAUGCUCGUCUUAAAGACGAGUUAGACCGAGUUUGUGCAUUAGCAAGCAAGUUUCUAGGCCGACCGGUGUCAUCUUUAUCAACGUUAUCAGCCCCGCCCAUGCCCAACUCUUCCUUAGAGCUCGCGGUAGGGAACAAUGGUUACGGUCACUUGACAACCGUGACCACCUCAUCUUUGCCCUUAGGUGAUUUCGGAAGUGGGAUAUCUAAUGCUAUGCCUGUUGUUUCACCUACAAAGUCGACCGCGAAUGUAACGGGAAUGGAGAGAUCUUUUGAAAGAUCCAUGUAUUUGGAGCUUGCUUUGGCUGCAAUGGAUGAACUGGUUAAGUUAGCUCAGACCGAUGAGCCGCUUUGGUUAAGGAGUAUGGAUGCCGGAGGGCGGGAAGUAUUGAAUCAUGAAGAGUAUAAUAGAUCUAUUACAUCUUGUAUUGGUUUAAAGCCUAAUGGUUUUGUCCCUGAAGCUACUAGGGAGAAUGGUAUGGUCAUCAUUAACAGUUUAGCCCUCGUCGAAACCUUAAUGGACGCGAAUCGAUGGGCGGAGAUGUUUCCUGGCAUGAUUGCUAGGGCGUCAACAACUGAUGUUAUAUCUAGUGGAAUGGGAGGAACUCGAAAUGGUGCACUUCAAGUGAUGCAUGCUGAGCUUCAAGUGCUAUCACCAUUGGUGCCGGUUAGGGUGGUGAACUUCCUACGGUUCUGCAAGCAGCACGCCGAGGGGGUGUGGGCGGUUGUCGAUGUGUCGAUCGACUGCAUCCGAGAAAGUUCCGGUUCACCGACAUAUGUUAACUGCAGGAGGCUUCCCUCAGGGUGUGUUGUACAAGAUAUGCCAAACGGGUAUUCUAAGGUUACAUGGGUGGAGCAUGCAGAAUAUGAUGAGAGUAGCGUCCACCUGCUCUUCCGGUCAUUAGUUAGCUCGGGUAUGGGCUUUGGUGCUCAAAGAUGGAUCACCACCCUUCAACGACAAUGCGAGUGCCUUGCUAUUCUCAUGUCCUCUAACAUACCAUCAGGAGAACACACUGCUAUAACGGCGAGUGGGCGUAGGAGCAUGUUGAAGUUAGCACAAAGGAUGACCAACAAUUUUUGCGCGGGUGUUUGUGCAUCCACGGUGCACAAAUGGAACAAGCUCAACAUAGGCAACGUCGAUGAGGACGUCCGGGUUAUGACUCGAAAGAGCAUCGAUGACCCGGGUGAGCCCCCGGGUAUAGUACUGAGUGCUGCAACUUCAGUAUGGCUACCUGUUUCCCCUCAGAGACUGUUUGAUUUCCUGCGUGAUGAACGGUUGAGGAGCGAGUGGGACAUUUUAUCCAACGGUGGACCCAUGCAAGAAAUGGCCCACAUUGCCAAAGGCCAAGAUCAAGGCAACUGCGUCUCUCUACUCCGCGCUGGUGCAAUGAAUCCCAAUCAGAGUAGCAUGUUGAUCUUACAAGAGACAUGCACAGACUCAUCAGGGUCGCUUGUAGUGUACGCGCCAGUCGAUAUCCCGGCAAUGCAUGUGGUGAUGAAUGGUGGGGACUCGGCCUACGUGGCGCUUUUGCCGUCGGGUUUCGCUAUUGUCCCCGACGGCCCAGGAUCACGUGGGCCCUCGAAUGGGGGCCCACAAAGGGUAGGAGGGUCCCUCCUUACAGUUGCAUUUCAAAUCCUUGUGAAUAGCCUUCCUACAGCCAAGCUCACGGUAGAAUCUGUUGAGACAGUAAACAAUCUCAUAUCAUGUACGGUUCAGAAGAUCAAGGCCGCUCUUAACUGCGAAAGCUAGGCUGAUCCAACGGUGGUAAAUCAUUCAAUCAUGGAACUAUGGCAGUGGUUAUUUGAGUUGCUGUACAAAUAAAUUUUUUGGUGUUUUUUUUUUUUUUUUGUUGGAAAUUACGCUUUUGUAAGGGGUGAUCAUAAGGGACGGUGAAAAUAUGAGGGUAAAAAUGGAGAAAACUCAAAGAGGUGGGGUGUGAGUCAAGAACGAACCGCGCGUGUUGUGCAAAAUCCUUGCUACGAAGGUGGUGGUGAGACGAACCAGCUUGGAGUAAGGGUGGUGGUUCGGGUAUUGACUCAAGGUUUUUACCCAUAUGAGUUUUUGAACUUUUGUUUAGCUGAAUUGUAAUGGUGUAAUUUUGUUAUGUUGUCAAUGAUCAAAAAAUGUUCAUUGUUACUCUAAGUAUGUCAAGGGGUAUAUUUUAUUUUUUAUUUUAGAAAAUUAAAUAGUAGUGAAUUCACUAACUAUUUUCUCUGAUCUUUUUUGUUCUUUUUAAUUGGAAUCUUUUUACGGGAUAAAAAGGUCAAAGUGGAAAGAACAAAAAUGAUCAGGGUGAAUAGUUUGUGAUGUGCACUUAACUAUGGGAUGUUUUGUGUGUAUGUAAUGCAAUUUUACCCCGAUUUAGCUUGUAUUUUUGGUAAAGUAAAUAUAUUAUGGCAAAUGAUUUUGGGUUGUUUGCAAA